UACUGAGAAAGUUUUUUUUUUAUAUAUACAUGGAAACAAAUUGUAAAUAAUUUUAUCGAAAUAUUUCGAGCGAUCCGUUUCUAACAGGAUUUAAUUGAAUUUCACGAGCACCUCAUCCUUUCCUACCUUAACUUUUCCUUCUCGUCCAUAACCUUACUUGACCUGUCAAGUGAAACUAAUUAUCAAACCAAUUACAACAUAAACAUAUAGGAAUUAAUAAAAGUAUUGUUGUUGCAAGAAAAACUACGAAAGCUGUGAUUUGUAAGAAGAAGGAAAAAAAACACGAACGUAAAACUUGUGAUGUGUUCAGUUUUUUGUUUUGUUUGGAAAAUUGUCCAGUAAAUCUUUUUGUAGUGUUUAUGAUGUGAAAGUAAACAAAACAUUGAUGAUAACUCAAAUGAAGAACCUGCAAGUUAGUAACAAUAUGAUCAGAGGAAAUCAAGGACUAAAUGGAUAUACCAAAGUUUCAACUAAUUCGUUGAAUAGUAAAGUUAUUGAAAGUUUCAUAGGCAGAAAUAUUUUGGAGCACAAUGCAUUAGUAACAGAGAAUGCAGCAAUUGCUAAUGAAGCAGGUAACAAUGAUUUACAAGAAUCCACUAAACUGUUUUCCAUCAAAGACGUAUCUAAUGAUGAAGAAUUUGUAUCUAAGAUAAGAAUGCACAGUAUUAUAGGGAUAGGCAAUGAAGAGAGUAUGCAAAAAAGUAAAAUUACACAGAGUUCAAAAGUUCGAGCAAAGAUAUGUAAUUUUAGAUCCACACAUCAUGAAAUCCUGCAACGGAUAGACCAAACACACAAUGAACAGUUUAAUAAUUAUCAGAAAUAUUGGUUUAGUGCAGGGCUCGAGAGACUGAAAAUAGAAGAAAAAUCUAGAGAAGAACGAUUGGAAAUAACACGUUACGAACUCCGUCGUCACCUCAAACAAUUGACCAGAAGUAAUGUGGGCAAAAAAUCACCACAUCUCUCUUGGAAUUCUUCUACGUCAGAGAGUUUUAAUAUCAGAAACGCUUCAACAUCGAUAGAGUUGCAACCACCAUCACCAAUGGACAGACUAGUGGAAUCGAGACCUUGCGACAGUCCGAAUUGCAAAAAACCGGCAUUACCGUGCGCCCGUAACUGCACUUUACACAUCAUGCACAAUACCGAUCAAGUUCUGUUCAGUUACUGCACAGCAAAGUUUGCCGAUAAUACGCAAUGCUCUGUACCGGUUUUCGAUAUAUUUCAUGAGCUGCCACUUUGCGUAGAGCACGCCAGGAAACGAGACAACUACAAGAUGAACCAGGAAGCGAAACCAAAGAAAUUAAGAAAAAAGGUCAAGUCUUCUGCGAUGAUAAGGCCUCAAAAGCGAAACAAAAAGAAGAAAAAAGCUGUUAUCAAUAAUAUUAGUAAUAAUGGCAACAAUAUUAUUGGACAUCACAUCGAAGUGCCUCCGUGUAAUAUUAUCGAGAGUUCCGAAAUUUCCGAUGAAAUAUUGACUGAUGUUCCUGACGAUUCUGAGGACUUGGGCGAAGAUAUGGUGGAACAAGUAUUAGCUUUAGAGGAGGAACCAUUGGAGCUGACCAAUGUCGAUCAAGUUUUGGUCACUCAAGCGACUCAUCUGCUGGAAGAAACGGACAUCACAAAUGUGUUGAGUACCAUACAAGUUGAAGAAUUUAAUGAUUUUUUUACAGUGAAUCGAAACGGUGAUUAUGAACCAACGCGAGAAGAGACCGAAGAGCUGGAAAGAGCUUUGGCUGCUGUGGAUAACGACGUGAAAUCUCUGGAGAAACUGAGCCAAUCGCAGGGCCUGUUGGGGGAGUACAUGGACGAUCACAAUCUCGUCGAGUCUCUGGUGCAAUCAAGUAUAGUGCCGGAUGUGUUCCAUAACGGUUUCAAUACGUGCGGUGACAAUAUGGUGGUGGCACAGACUUCUCGUUUACUAUCCGUUCAACCCCAUUCGCACUCAUAACGUUAGGAUACUAAAAAAAAUUUUAUACGUUUGUAAAAAAAAAGUCCUCGAUAGUUUUUUUCUUCUAUUCUUUUUUGAACUUGUAAGUGUCGUGUGCGAAGAAAGAAUCAUAAAUAUUGAUAUGUGAACUAUUAUUAUUAAUUUUUUUUUGUUGAAAUGAAAAAAUAAGUGUCCAGUGUGUGCUGCUUAAUUGUCGUCGUUGGUAGAAAAAGAAAGGAAGAAAAA